AGCUUCUCCUUUUUUUUUUUUUUUUUUCCCACCCCCAACACUCUUAAAAAGCUUCCUCCUCACCUAAGCCGACGGGCACAAUUGGGACACCCUCGCUGUCCCUCUCCGCCUCUAGCUCUCUCCCCAUAAACUCAAGAUUAUGUCAGUUGGUCAGAGCUAGCCAGGGAUUUCGUGCGGGUGCUGAAGGAGCUGCGGGAGCCGGAGAAGAAUGAAACUGCGUGGAGUCAGCCUGGCUGCCGGCUUGUUCUUACUGGCCCUGAGUCUUUGGGGGCAGCCUGCAGAGGCUGCGGCUUGCUAUGGGUGUUCUCCAGGAUCAAAAUGUGACUGUAGUGGUGUAAAAGGAGAAAAGGGGGAGAGAGGAUUUCCAGGUUUGGAAGGCCAUCCAGGUUUGCCUGGAUUUCCAGGUCCAGAAGGGCCUCCAGGGCCUCGGGGACAAAAGGGUGAUGAUGGAAUUCCAGGGCCACCAGGACCAAAAGGGAUCCGAGGUCCUCCUGGACUUCCUGGAUUUCCAGGGACACCAGGUCUUCCUGGAAUGCCAGGCCAUGAUGGGGCCCCGGGACCUCAAGGUAUCCCUGGAUGCAAUGGAACCAAGGGAGAACGUGGAUUUCCAGGCAGUCCCGGCUUUCCUGGUUUACAGGGUCCUCCAGGACCUCCUGGGAUCCCAGGUAUGAAGGGAGAACCAGGCAGUAUAAUUAUGUCAUCACUGCCAGGACCAAAGGGUAAUCCAGGAUAUCCAGGUCCUCCUGGAAUACAAGGCCCAGCUGGUCCUACUGGCUUACCAGGGCCAAUUGGUCCCCGAGGACCACCAGGUUUGAUGGGCCCUCCUGGUCCACCAGGACUUCCAGGACCAAAGGGGAAUAUGGGCUUAAAUUUCCAGGGACCCAAGGGUGAAAAGGGUGAGCAAGGUCUUCAGGGCCCCCCUGGGCCACCUGGGCAGAUCAGUGAACAGAAAAGACCAGUUGAUGUGGAGUUUCAGAAAGGAGAUCAGGGACUUCCUGGUGACCAAGGACCUCCUGGACCUCCAGGGAUACGUGGUCCUCCGGGUCCUCCAGGUGGUAUGAAAGGUGAGAAGGGUGAGCAAGGAGAGCCUGGCAAAAGAGGUAAACCGGGUAAAGAUGGAGAGAAUGGCCAACCAGGAAUUCCAGGUUUGCCUGGUGAUCCUGGUUACCCUGGUGAGCCAGGAAGGGAUGGAGAAAAGGGCCAAAAAGGUGACAUUGGCCCAACUGGGCCUCCUGGACUUGUAAUUCCUAGGCCUGGGACUGGUGUAACUGUAGGGGAAAAAGGAAACAUUGGGUUACCCGGCUUGCCUGGAGAAAAAGGAGAGCGAGGACUUCCUGGAAUACAGGGUCCACCAGGCCUUCCUGGACCUCCAGGGACUUCAGUUACCGGUCCUCCUGGCCCCCCUGGCUUUCCUGGAGAAAGGGGCCAGAAAGGUGAUGAAGGUCCACCUGGAAUUUCUAUUCCUGGAUCUCCUGGACUUGAUGGACAGCCUGGGGCUCCUGGACUUCCAGGGCCUCCUGGCCCUCCUGGCCCUCACAUCCCUCCUAGUGAUGAGAUAUGUGAAGCAGGCCCUCCAGGCCCUCCGGGAUCUCCAGGUGAUAGGGGACUCCAAGGAGAACAAGGAGUGAAAGGUGACAAAGGUGACACCUGCUUCAACUGUAUUGGAACUGGUGUUUCAGGGCCUCCAGGUCAGCCUGGUCUGCCAGGUCUUCCAGGUCCUCCAGGAUCUCUUGGUUUCCCUGGACAGAAGGGAGAAAAAGGACAUGCUGGUCUAACCGGUCCCAAAGGAUUAACAGGCAUACCAGGAGCUCCAGGUCCUCCAGGCUUUCCUGGAUCUAAAGGUGAACCUGGUGACAUCCUCACUUUUCCAGGAAUGAAGGGUGACAAAGGAGAGUUGGGUUCCCCAGGAGCCCCUGGGCUUCCUGGUUUACCCGGUACCCCUGGACAGGAUGGACUGCCAGGGCUUCCUGGCCCCAAAGGAGAACCUGGUGGAAUUGCUUUUAAGGGUGAAAGAGGUCUGCCUGGGAAUCCAGGCUUGCCAGGUCUCCCAGGGAAUAGAGGGCCAAUGGGCCCUGUGGGUUUUGGCCCUCCAGGCCCAGUAGGUGAAAAAGGCAUACAAGGUGUGGCAGGAAAUCCAGGCCAGCCAGGAAUACCAGGUCCUAAAGGUGAUCCAGGUCAGACCAUAACCCAGCCAGGGAAGCCUGGCCUGCCUGGUAAUCCAGGCAGAGAUGGUGAAGUAGGUCUUCCAGGUGACCCUGGACUUCCCGGCCAGCCAGGCUUGCCAGGAAUACCCGGUAGUAAAGGAGAACCAGGUGUCCCUGGAAUUGGGCUUCCUGGACCACCUGGUCCCAAAGGUUUUCCUGGAAUUCCGGGACCUCCAGGAGCACCUGGAACACCUGGAAGAAUUGGUCUAGAAGGCCCUUCUGGGCCACCAGGCUUUCCAGGACCGAAGGGAGAACCAGGACUUGGGCUGCCUGGGCCACCUGGGCCCCCAGGACUCCCAGGUUUCAAAGGAACACUUGGUCCAAAAGGGGAUCGUGGUUUCCCAGGACCUCCAGGUCUUCCAGGACAUGCUGGCUUGGAUGGGCUCCCUGGACCAAAAGGUGAUGUUGGGCCAAACGGACAACCUGGGCCAAUGGGACCUCCUGGGCUUCCAGGAAUAGGUAUUCAGGGACCACCAGGGCCACCAGGGAUUCCUGGACCAAUAGGCCAACCUGGCCUGCAUGGAAUACCAGGAGAGAAGGGAGAUCCGGGGCCUCCUGGGUUUGAUGUUCCAGGACUCCCUGGAGAGAGAGGCAGUCCAGGGAUUCCUGGAGCACCUGGUCCUAUGGGACCCCCCGGAACACCAGGGCUUCCAGGAAAAGCAGGUGCCUCUGGAUUUCCAGGUGCCAAAGGUGAAAUGGGUAUGAUGGGACCUCCAGGCCCACCAGGACCUUUGGGAAUUCCUGGCAGGAGUGGUGGUCCUGGUCUCAAAGGUGAUGAUGGUUUACAGGGUCAGCCAGGACCUCCUGGCCCUGAAGGAGAAAAAGGUGGUAAAGGAGAGCCUGGCCUUCCAGGCCCUCCUGGACCAGUGGAUCCAGAUCUGCUGGGCUCAAAAGGACAGAAAGGGGACCCUGGCUUACCAGGUAUUCCUGGAGUUUCAGGGCCAAAAGGUUACCAGGGUUUGCCUGGAGACCCAGGGCAACCUGGACUGAGUGGACAACCUGGAUUACCAGGACCAUCAGGUCCCAAAGGUAACCCUGGUCUCCCUGGGAAGCCAGGACUUACAGGACCUCCUGGACUUAAAGGAAGCAUAGGUGAUAUGGGUUUUCCAGGCCCUCAGGGUGUGAAAGGGUCUCCUGGACCUCCUGGAGUUCCUGGACAACCUGGCUCCCCAGGAUUACCUGGACAGAAAGGAGAAAAAGGUGAUCCUGGUGUUUCAGGCAUUGGUCUUCCAGGUCUUCCCGGCCCAAAGGGUGAACCUGGUCUGCCUGGAUACCCAGGAAACCCUGGAAUCAAAGGUUCUAGGGGAGAUACUGGUUUGCCUGGAUUACCAGGGACCCCUGGAGCAAAAGGACAGCCAGGCCUUCCUGGAUUCCCUGGAACCCCAGGACUUCCUGGAGCAAAAGGUAUUAAUGGUCCUCCUGGGAACCCUGGCCUUCCAGGAGAACCUGGUCCUGUAGGUGGUGGAGGUCGUCCUGGGCCACCAGGGCCUCCAGGUGAAAAAGGCAACCCAGGUCAAGAUGGUAUUCCUGGACCAGCUGGACAGAAGGGUGAACCAGGUCAGCCGGGCUUUGGAAUCCCAGGACCCCCUGGACUCCCAGGACUUUCUGGUCAAAAGGGUGAUGGAGGAUUACCUGGCAUUCCAGGAAACCCUGGCCUUCCUGGUCCAAAGGGAGAACCAGGCUUUCAGGGUUUCCCUGGUGUGCAGGGUCCCCCAGGCCCUCCUGGUUCUCCGGGUCCAGCUCUGGAAGGCCCUAAAGGCAACCCUGGGCCCCAGGGUCCUCCUGGGAGACCAGGUCCUCCAGGUUUUCAAGGUUAGACUCUUCACUGGUCA